UUUUUCCACCAAAAAGCGUCAAUUUUAUAUCAUAUCCCCAGACGACAUCUCUCUCUCUCUCUACACACCAAACUUCCUCCAUUUCCAUGAGCAGAAGCAGAGUGGAAUUUCAGAAGAAUGAGAGAAAUGGCUUUAUCAUCAUCUCCACACUUUCUUGAUUUUCCACUACUUAAAUCAUCAUCCCCAUCAGUACCUGAUUAUGUGUUCGUUAAUCCUUGUGCGUGGCAAUCUUCUUCUUUUAUUUCUCUCCAGAAAGCAAGGAUUCCUGUAAUAUCUGUGAAGCUAUCUUCUUCUUCUUCUUCUUCGAGAGUAAAGUGUUUGACUAAAUCAACCGAAGAAGAUCGAUCGGAGACUUUAGUGUCUGAUGAUGAUGACGGAGAAGCGAGAGAAGAUGCUAAAGUUCAACAGCCACAUCAGCCGCAGCAGAGGAUUGUCUCUCCUUUUAGCGAUUCUGUUUCGCUUGGGAUUCGUGAGCCUGUUUACGAGGUUGUUGAAGUGAAGUCGAAUGGAAUGGUAUCUACUAGGAAAAUUAACAGACGCCAGUUGUUGAAGUCAAGUGGUCUUCGCCCACGGGACAUCCGUAGUGUUGAUCCAUCAUUGUUUUUGACAAAUUCAAUGCCUUCUUUACUGGUUCGUGAGCAUGCUAUCUUGCUGAACUUGGGUUCAUUACGAGCAAUAGCCAUGCAAGAGCGUGUCCUUAUAUUCGAUUAUAACCGUAAAGGAGGGAAAGCUUUCAUAGACACUCUGUUGCCUCGGAUAAAUCCCAGCAAUAACAAUGGAGGACCAUGCAUGCCAUUUGAGCUUGAGGUUGUUGAGGCAGCAUUGCUUUCACGAGUACAGCGUUUGGAGCAGAGACUAAUGGCUAUUGAACCUCGUGUUCAAGCUCUUCUUGAAGUUUUACCCAACAGGUUAACUGCUAACAUAUUGGAGGAACUUCGUAUUAGCAAACAGACCUUGGUUGAAUUAGGUUCAAGGGCAGGAGCUCUUAGACAAAUGCUGCUUGAUCUUUUAGAAGACCCACAUGAAAUACGCCGCAUAUGUAUAAUGGGAAGAAACUGCACUCUCGGAAAGGGAAAUGAUAAUGUAGAAUGUUCUGUUCCCUUAGAAAAGCAGAUUGCUGAUGAGGAGGAGGAAGAAAUUGAGAUGCUAUUGGAAAAUUAUCUUCAAAGAUGUGAAUCUUGUCAUGGUCAGUCAGAACGACUUCUUGAUUCUGCAAAAGAAAUGGAAGACUCUAUUGCUGUUAACUUAAGCUCUCGGAGGCUUGAAGUGAGCAGAGUGGAAUUACUUCUUCAGGUUGGGACAUUUUGCGUGGCAGUAGGUGCUCUAAUUGCAGGUAUAUUUGGGAUGAACUUGAAGUCAUAUCUUGAAGAACACGUGUUUGCUUUUUGGCUGACAACAGCUGGGAUAAUUGUCGGUGCUGUCAUGGCAUUUUUUCUAAUGUACUGGUAUCUCAGGGCUAGGAAAAUACUGUAACUUGACAAUUGUUCAAAUUAGGUGAAUUCAACGGUUAAGCAUGCUUGGCUGAUUUAGUCUGGUUACACUUGUAUAAGUGACUGCUGCAUAUUAUUUUUGAGCUGUACUAGCUCGUCUGAGAGCUAGAUUUGCCUCAAUUAUUUGUCUCCUGCCUUCUGCCUUUCUCAAGUUGGCUUCUGCUAUUUCAAGAUUUUUCUGAGCAUCUUGUGGAUCGAUGUUACUACCCUUCUCUGCAUCAUUUACUCGUUCAUGGUCAAAUAAACAUAAAUUCGCAAAAUGGAGUUUGAUGCUUGUGCUAGAGAUAUGGAUUAAGGCUCUUGAAAGGGUGCUUGGAUAUCACAAAAGUGGAACAGAACUUGCUCUGUAGAUCUAAGUUCGCAACAUUCAGUCGUAAUGCAAUGUCAUUAUGAUUGUUUGUUAUGACUUCUUUGCUCAAACUGUGUUCUUGAUCAACAUCUUAGAGAAGAUUGGUCAUUCUCUUUAGUAUAAAUUUUAACGUCAAUAAACUUCCACAAUGCGAUGAUGGCUGUGCUGCUUUCUUUCAGAUACUCCAUAAAUUCGAGAUUUUUGCAGUGUCUCCUA